UCUCCCGGAUAGAUGGACAGUCAUCUCGAACUUUAAGGUACAACCCAGUACAAGUGAUAAUCCUGACAAUGCUGACAUACUAACACCUGUUAAAGAGCAGGUGCAGGAUCUAGCCACAAAGCCAGAAGAGGGACCCACACAGCCGAGACUUAAAGUGUAUCCUAAAUUACAGUCCGGUUCUCAGACCAGGUCUUUCCAAUAUGAGUGGUAUAAAAGGUAUGAGUGGCUGGAAUACUCUGUGACUAAUGACCGAGUUUAUUGUUUUCCAUGUAGACUUUUUGGCGGUAGUGUUGGUCACAAAGAAGUAACAUUCACCAACGAUGGCUUUAGAGUCUGGAAAAAGAUGCAUGAAAAAGCAUUAAAGCAUGGAGAAUCCACGUAUCAUAUAAAUGCAAUGCAAAAGUGGAUCAACUUCAAGAGUUCACAGCAGCAUGGUAACAUUCAUCAGAAACUUGAUAGCCAACACAAACAGCAGGUUCUGGAUAACAGAGACUAUGUUAAAACACUCUUAAACAUUGUCAUUACAGCAGCUAAAUCUAAUAUGGCAUUCAGGGGUCAUGAUGAAUCUGAAAAUUCAUUAAAUAAGGGUAUCUUUCUAGAGAUAUUUGAUUUGUUAAAAAGGGAGUCAGAAAAGUUUCAAAAAUUGGUAAAAAAGAUUCCAAACAAUGCCAAAUAUACUUCAGGGGUCAGCCAGAAUUCUCUUUUGCAAGCUGUUGCUGAGUGUGUAAGUGACAUUAUAGCCAAAGAAGCCAUAUCAGCACCUUUUUUUGCUGUAAUAGCUGAUGAAACUAGGGAUGUCAGUGUUACUGAGCAACUCAGUGUGUGUAUCAGGUACGUGUUGGAUGAAACUGUGCACGAGAGAUUCUUAGGAUUUAUUGCUUUAAAGGAACUUGAUGCUGAUUCUCUGGCUACUGUUUUGUUGGAGAAACUUAGGGAGCUAGGAUUAAAUGUCAAUAAACUCAUAGCACAGUGUUAUGACACUACAUCAGUAAUGAGCGGCAGCAUCAGGGGUGUGCAGGCUCUGAUUAGAGAAUCUGCCAAAAAUCCAUGUUAUUAUGUUCCAUGCUCUGCACACAGAUUACAGCUGGUGAUAACCCACACUGCUGGUUGCUUACCAGAGGUAGCCGAGUUUUUUAACUUUAUUUCAGCCCUGAUAAAUUUCAUCCGUAGUUCAACCUUGCGCCAUGACAUCUUUAUAGAUAUCCAAAGGGACAAGAAAUUACCAGUUGUUGAGCUUCCCAAAGUGUGCCAGCACAAAUGGGAAUAUAACCAUAAGGCCCUUAGGGCAAUUUUCCAACGGUAUGGGAUCCUGACAGAAACUCUAGAAGAUUUGUCUGUCCAUGGACGCUCUGGUGAUGAAAAGGCCUUAGCUUUUGGACUUCAACAGUCCUUGAAUAAAUUUGAGACCGUUUUCUUACUGAUUAAUUUUAUUGAAGUAUUUGACAUUACAACCCCACUUUCAAAGGUUUGGCAGAGUGAGGAUAUGGAUCUUGCUGCGGCAGUUAACAUGUCACAGGAAACAAUAAAAAUCCUGAAUGAGAGAAGAACUUCAGAUGAUCAUUUCAAUGCCAUUUGGGAAAAGGCAGUUGAAUUUGCUACAGCAAGACACAUAACUGUAACUCAACAAGAACCUUCAAGUUCAAAAAGGCAAAGGAAGCCAUCAUCACGGUUGUUAGGAUCCAUUGUAACUGAAACCAUAGGCCAACGAGACACCUCUGAAAGAGAUAAAGAUCCCAAAUCUCACUGCAAAAGAUGUAUUUACUAUCCCAUCCUAGACAAGGUACUCGUUGAAUUUGGGCACAGGUUUGAUGAGCCAAAGCAUAUUCUACUUGGUGUAUCUGCAUGUCAUCCUUCAUCCCCAAACUUUCUAAAUGAAAAUGACUUGAAAUAUCUUGCUGACCAAUAUGAAAUUGAAAGUGAGAACCUCCAUGCAGAAGUUCUUGUUGCUCAGAGAACACUACAUGAUGCUAAAUCCAUAUCUAAUGCUUUAGAUAAACUAAAGCCUCUAAAGCAAGGUUUCAGUACACUCUGGAAUUUACUGCAUUUGGCUCUCACUUUCCCAGUAAGUAAUGCUAAAUGUGAACGAUCAUUCUCUGUAUUGAAGCUUGUUAAAACAUACAUUAGGGCAACAAUGGGUCAGAAACGGCUGACCAGUCUGGGUACAAUUUCAAUUGAAAAAGGUGUGGUAGAUUCACUUGAUCUUGAUGUAGUAGUGGACAAAUUUGCUUCCCUUCCAAUACAAUCUCAAUCAAAUUUGGGAAAAUCCACCAUACGGCGCAUGUCACUAACCCAUACUUAACAUGGAGCAUAGGCGGUCAAGCUUAAGUUACUUUUCAUAUUAAUGAUCUUAUUCUGUUUAACUACCAGUAUCCCAUGUACCUAUUUACGUUCAAUAAGGAAAGUACCUGAGUAUAUAUUAUAAUUUUACAUUUAUUCUUUUUUUAUCAUCUUUUUUUUUUUUAUUAUCAAGUAAUAAAGAUUAAUUCUACUUUCAUCUCUUUUUUGGGCCUCAAAAUAACCCUAGAAUGGGUCCAGCUGGUUGGGCUCGCUGCGCUCGCCCGACGCCCAUCAUUACCUAGGGGCUAAAGCCCCCCCAAAUUUUUUUCCCUGGUGACGC